AUCCGAUCUAGCCCCUUCUUCAAUAUGGAUAGCUCGGCCUUGCUCUCGCUCUUGCGGCACACGGGUACCUCCAUGGAAUCUAAACAUUCGAAGAAAUCUGCUGGAAGCAUCGGUGGCGGGGUGCUCAAAAUGUUCAAGCUCAUACCAAUGCUAUCAUCUGGUUGCAAGAUGGUGAACUUGUUAAGUCGAGGGCAUCGAAGACCCUUACUUAAGGACUACGCAACAACGGGGACGAUAUUCGGGUUUCGCAAAGGAAGAGUCUUUCUUGCAAUACAAGAAGAUCCUCAUUGCUUGCCAAUGUUCAUCAUCGAACUCCCGAUGCUUACUUCGGCGCUACAGAAGGAGAUGGCCUCGGAGACUGUCAGGAUUGCUUUAGAAAGCGAGACCAAAACAUCAAGGAAGAAGGUGUUGGAGGAGUAUGUGUGGGGGAUCUACUGUAACGGGCGGAAAAUCGGGUAUUCGAUACGGAGGAAAAACAUGAGUGAGGAGGAGAUGUAUGUGAUUGAUGCAUUGAGAGGUGUUUCAAUGGGGGCUGGAGUUUUACCAUGUAAGAACCAUUAUGAUCAAGAGACAGAAGGAGAAAUGACUUACAUGAGAGCUCGAUUCGAUAGAGUGAUUGGUUCUAAGGAUUCUGAAGCAUUGUAUAUGAUUAACCCUGAAGGUAGUGGUCAGGGCACAGAACUUAGUAUCUACUUUCUCAGGUCUCAUUAACUGUUUGUUACACUUUUCUUUUUUUCUCUGUUUUUAAAUAUAGUUAAAUGGUGAUA